ACGUCAUUUUACAAGAGAGUGAUGAGAUUGACAAGAUGUACGAUGAGGUUGUGUUUGACCAUCUACAUGCUAUUGCUUUCAGAAACCAGGAUUUGGGAAGAACCAUCUUGGGACCAAGAGAAAUCAUCAAAGUCAUCAACAGAAACAACUUGGUCGAUUAUAUCACCACAAACUAUAAGGGUGAUAGAAUGGCUCUUAUUGGAGUAGGAGCUGUGAAUCAUGAUGAAUUGGUUGAAAAGGCUAACAAGUACUUUGGCCAUAUCAAGAAGUCUGAGGUGCCCUUCAAACAAAGUGGGGGUGACUUGCCCAUCUUCCAUGGAGAUGAGGUAAGAAUCCAGGACAGUACUAUGCCUGUUACUCACAUUGCUUUAGGGGUUGAAAGUGCAUCUUGGUCAGCUCCUGACUUUUUUACUGCAUCUGUUGCUAGUGGAAUCAUUGGCCACUGGGACAGGUCUCUUGGAGUGGGUUCUAAUUCCCCUUCUCCUUUGGCUGUUUCGGCUGCUACAGGUGGUUUGAAUGGUGAACCGAUGGCCAACUCUUAUAUGUCCUACACAACCUCGUACGCUGACACUGGGCUAAUGGGUAUCUACUUCACUGCUGAUAAGGAUGCUAAUUUAAAGUUGUUUAUUGAUGCGUUAUUAAAGGAAUGGGCUAGAUUCAAGGCCGGAGAUAUCACUGAAGAAGAAGUUGAAAGAGCAAAGUCUCAAUUGAAAGCUUCUUUAUUGUUAGCUCUCGAUGAUUCAACUGCCAUCGCUGAAGAUAUAGGCAGGCAAUUGGUCAAUACUGGUUACAGAUUGAGUCCAGAGGAGGCCUUUGAGAGAGUUGAGGCCAUCACUAAGAAGGAUAUUGUCGAUUGGGCUCGGUAUAGAUUAAAGGAUAAACCCAUUGCUUUAGCGGCAUUAGGAAAUGUUCAAACUUUGCCAUCUCACGCCGAAAUCCAAAAGGGAUUAUCAUUAUAAUUUGAUAUCCCAACUUGUACAUAUACUUGCACGAAGUUCAAACUAAGUUACUAUUCGUAUUAUUAUUAUACACAUCUGGAGUUAUGUUUUUUCUUGAAUAACAUCCUCUGCUACGUCAUUGGCAUCAUCAUCUACUUCUUCUUCGAUAGGCCCCCCUUCAAGAACAGACUCUGAAGGCACACGCUUCAUGAGUUCAGGUGGUCUGAACAACUUUCCAAUACUUUCAAUCCAUCUUCUUCUCUUGUCCAAUAAGGACCGUAUUCCUGUAUUCAUUGCUUGUUGCUGUGCUGGGUUUGGUUCCGUCCUAUCGGUAUUCUUCUUUUUCUUACUCUUGCUUUUGAGUCUCUUCAUGUAAGCUUGAUCAGCCUGCUUGUCUAAGUCUUCUAAAAUCGUACAGAAUUCUUGAUACGCCACUUGCUCUUCCACUAAAGGUAUAAGCUUUUUC